GUCGAUAGACGGCCCAACAGACCCAGAAGGAAAGAAACAGUCGGCCAGUGAAGGUGGUCCGUCGGUACGUGGGCAUCCGGCCUAGACUCGCUGACGGCAGCGAGCAUUCUUUCAACCACGGCCAAGACGGCGACGACAACAGCAACAACAGAAGCCACGCACAGGAAAGGCACCGAAGCAAAAAGAUGCAACAAAUAGCCACCAUUAUUGGGGCGAACGCCUACUACGAUGGAAGUCGCGUGUUCACCUGGCUUGCCGACAUGUGCGGCCUGUCGGUGGAUUUGGUUAAUUUCCUCAUCACACAGUUUCUGGCGCUGAUUCUCGCGUCAGCGUUCCGCUCCUACCUACACCCGUCCAAGGUGUCAGCCAGCACCCGACACGCAAUCGGGCUAGUGAUCGGUCUGUUUUUCGGUUACUUCUGCUUCGGUCAGCAAGCAAUCCACAUUGCCGGUCUGCCAGCCGUCUGCUAUGUCGUCAUACGCACACAGAACCCACAGAUCGUCCAACGACUCGUCAUGGUCGUGGCACUGUUCUAUCUAUCCUGCAUUCAUCUACACCGGCAGUACUACGAUUAUGGAUCGUACUCGCUCGACAUUACCGGUCCGCUGAUGAUCAUCACGCAGAAGGUGACCAGCCUGGCGUUCAGCAUUCAUGAUGGCUUUACUCGCGAAAUGAAGGAUCUAACGCAGAGCCAGCAGCAGCACGCGAUCCGGAAGCUACCGUCGCCGCUCGAAUUUUUCUCCUACACGCUACACUUCCAGGGGCUGAUGGCGGGUCCGUUGGUGUUUUACAAGGAUUACAUCGACUUUAUCGAGGGUUGUCACAUCAUGAAGCAGACAUCGGCGAAUGCAAAGUACGAUAUCGAGAAAAAGAUCGUUCACGAACCAUCGCCAGUGAAAGCGGUCGUAAAGAAGGUGAUUGCAAGUUUGGUGUGUGCACUGAUCUUCGUGAAGUUCGCCACUAUAUACCCGAUCAAAACGAUGAAAGAUGACGGCUUUAUCGCAAGUUCCGGCUUUUUCUACUCCCUGUGGUACAUGAUGAUGGCCACAACUGCGGUCCGCUUCAAGUACUACUUCGCCUGGCUGAUGGCCGACGCGAUCUGCAACAAUUCCGGGCUCGGCUUCAACGGGUACGACGAGCGGGAUGGCGUUACGCCCCGCUGGGACAUGCUGUCCAACAUUCAGGUGCUGGAGUUCGAGUUCGGUACCAACUUCCGCAACUGCAUCAAUGCGUGGAAUGCCGGCACCAACCGCUGGCUGCGCAUGGUCGUGUUUGAGCGUGUGCCCAAGCGCUACGGCACGGUGCUCACCUUCAGUCUGAGCGCACUGUGGCACGGGUUCUAUCCCGGCUACUACAUGACGUUCGCAACCGGGGCGCUGAUCGUAAUGGCGGCACGCAUCGCCCGCAAAUUGUUCCGGCCAGCGUUCCAGGGUACGGCCGGGUCACGCGUGUUUUACGACGUGCUGACGUGUCUGGUAACGCGCGUCUUCAUGGGCUACGCCACCUUUCCGUUCGUGCUGCUCGAGUUUAAGGCUAGUCUUCGUAUGUACCUGAAUGUGUUUAUGUGCCUUCAUCUAGUCGCUCUGAUCACUGUGUUUAUUUUAUCGAAAUACGUACCGCGGGGCGAGGGUAGCCGGCAGUCGGCGAGUGCCCGUUCGCGCACCAAGCUUAAAGCCGACACGGACGAACAGACGGCCAGCGCCGGCAGUCGGCGGUCGGAUGAAUCGGUAGGCCGCAGUUUGCUAAAACCGAUCGGGGCCACCACUACCACCGUCGUACCCGUAGAAUCGAUGGAAAGUAGCAAUGGUACUGGGGGGAUUCGAUUUCGGGGUGGCGAAAAUGGCCGCCGAAGUGAUCCGAGUUCCGUUGACUCCACCUCCCAGCAGCAGCAGCAACAGGUGAUCCACGACGUAGUGGACCCGUUCUGUCUAACCACCAGCACCACCACCACCAUCAAUGGCAACCACAAAAAGACUGACAAUUUCCUGUCCGAAGAGGAUAACAACAACAGUGCCACCAUCUUUACCACCAACAACAACAACAACACCUUCAACAGCGCCACCUCGACGACCGCCAACGGUAAGAGCGGUUCGAAGCUGACGCGCGAACGUAUCAAGGAGAAGUUCGAGCAGGAGACGCGCAACAUCGAGGACUUUAUCGACAAGACGGUGACGGGGUUCGUCGAGCUAAAGGAUGAUCUGAUGCGCAUGCCGGACGAAACGAACGGUGGUCUGUACAUUCCACGGAAGGCGCACGGUUCUACUGCGGGGCUGAAUGGCAAUGCGGCCGAUGGCAAUAGCAACAUUAAUGCCGGAAAUGGCCACCCGAUCACCACGACCAUAACCACCACCAACACCAGCAGCAGCAAUGCGUUCCUGAAGAAGGAAAUCGAUGCGCUGAAUGCGGCCGUCCAGCAAGCGAACGUAUUGCCGGCUGUGUUGAGCAAUGGGCAUGCGAAGUAA